AUGAAAGAAGCAUUUAGUGUAGAGGAGGAAGGCUAUGAAGAAGAUAACAAGGAUGAGGAAGAGAAUUUGUUGCAAUCAUUUCUUCAAUACAUCAAAGACAAUAAAGUAGUAAUCCUUGAAGAUUUAGCUGCACAUUUUGGCUUAAAGACUGCUGGUGUAGUAGAUAGAAUUCAGGAGUUGCAAACAACUGGAACUUUAACUGGUGUCAUCGAUGACAGAGGAAAAUUCAUUUAUAUCUCUCAGGGAGAACUUGAAGCUGUUGCAAAGUUUGUAAAACAGCGUGGUAGAGUCAGUAUCACUGAAUUGGCAGAAAGUUCAAAUGAAUUAAUAAGCCUGAAUCCAAGCAAACAACGUGAUAUGGUGGAGGCUAGAUAA